AUUCCCCCAUUGCCUCAUUUUUACUUUUCAUUCGACUUUCCAGGCCCUGGCUCGAUAUUAGGACUUGAAAUCAUAUCCCCGACCGUUUUGUUGGAAGUGGAUCCGUUCGGCGCCCCGUUGUUGCCUGCAUGUCGGGUGCUAGGUCCGACCCUGCGCCUGGAGACCGAUACCGCCCAGGCGACUUGGAGUGGGCUGCAAAAGACAAGGCUUCGUCGGAGUCAUGGAAUUGGACUAAGGGCUCAACAAUGACGACUCCAUCAAGAACGGGUUCAGCCCCUAGUCCGGAUGCUAGUCGCAAGAAUGAAAACAUCUCCAUCUCUCAACGGAUGGUUUCCGCCACCUGCGGGAGUAUCCUCACGAAUCUUUUAGUGACCCCCCUUGACGUGGUCCGUGUCCGCCUCCAGUCGCAAUCCUCCAUCAAGAACACCUCGCCCUUUACCUCCCACACGACGCAGACCCUGAAAAACGUACCCCCCAACCUUGGCGUGACGUCUUGUUGUCGGGAAGUGUUCUGGAUCGGCCAAAAUUCACAAAUAUGCAUGGUGGGGCCCAAUGGGGGAACUGUGGGAGUCUCUCCGGCAGCAAUGGCGGACUGUGCGGUGGAAGAAUCCCGGCGGAAAACGUUUACGUCUACCCUGGAUGGUAUACGCAAAAUUGCACGGAAUGAAGGGGCCCGGACUCUGUGGCGGGGGUUAACCCCGACGAUGAUGAUGAGCAUUCCUGCCAACAUUAUCUACUUUGCGGGGUACGACUGGCUGCGAUCGGAUGAUAAGAGCCCCAUCAACCGGCUUUGCCCUGAUGCAUAUGCCCCAUUCGUGGCGGGAGCCACUGCGAGGAUAGGCGCAGCAGCAGCUAUCAGCCCCAUCGAGAUGUUUCGAACGCGACUGCAAGCCACCCCCGGCACCGGCGCGGGGCACUUCAAGACCACGCUUGAGGGAUUACAUCGCAUGACUCAGAUCCACGGCUACGGUUCUCUUUGGAGGGGUUUGACCCUUACGAUGUGGCGCGACGUCCCGUUCUCCGGCUUAUACUGGUGGGGCUACGAAGAAGCGAAGAAAUACUUGCUGGAAGCGCGGAAAGCAGCCCACGAGCAUGGACUACCGCACCUCCACAUCACAGCACAUUCACCGCAAGAUGACGAGACGCCGACAUUUUUCGAAAGCUUCGUGGGCGGUGCGACGUCUGGUGCACUGGCGGCGUUGGUCACCACCCCGUUCGAUGUGGGGAAGACACGGCAACAGGUCUUCCGGCAUCUGGGCAGCGAGGUCCCGAAUGCCCUCGGUACUGCGGCGCAAGGGCGGCCGGUCCCUCCGGAGCUGCUCUCUUUACCCAAAUUCCUCCUGCACAUAGUCCAUGAAGAAGGAAUGCCCGGACUGUUCCGUGGCUGGGUGGCACGGUGCUUGAAAGUCGCACCUGCAUGUGCCAUCAUGAUCUCCACUUAUGAGUUUGGGAAGAAAAUGGCACAAGACGUCAACGAAAGGCACAUUUCCACUGACGCAGAAUCGAUGUCUUGAUCUGAUCCACGAGUGGAUUCCUAGGCCCCGACAAAUGCUCUGGGCCAGACAUUGGUGUUUUUUGAGGUCUCUCCUCUCUUUGCAUGUCAAACUCCCCUCUUUGCAUUGUCAUUGGCGCGUUUCAUAUCUAAUACCUUUUUUAUUCCUUAAUUUCGCGAUCGACUGGCCUCCUUAUCUGCCAGUCGUCACUGUGAUUCAUGCUUGAUGAUGAUACCGCCUUGCGACACAUGCAGCCUUCCUCUUUUGGCCCCUUCCCUCGUGUGUUUCUGUGUUCGCAUUUUUCCAGGGAAGGGUGGUUCUCUCGAUUUCCAGAAAAGCGUCGCAUUUUGAGAACUUGUACAUAUAUAUCUGAAUAUAUCCAUGGAAUAGAG